UGACACACAGCAAGCUGGAGAAAGAAAGGAAAAACUCCAUUAAAACCCUCCAGACUCUCCUCCAUGUUAGAAAUGAAAUGGAAAAUGGAGUGGAUUUAACAGGAAUCCCUGAUUCCUGCGGCCAGGCUGGAGGAAGGGAGACGCGACUCAAAGCCGCAGGCUGCUGAUAUUUUUUAAGUCGCAAUAAAUACCGAGAACUCUGGGGCAGGAUGAGGAUUUCCUGACUGGGAUGAACAAGAAAGGACAGAUUUUCGCAAUAUUCCUCUCCUUAUAUUUAAUUUAUUCACCUCGAUGAUUCUCUUGACUGCUCUGGUAAUUGUUAGAAGCGGCUGUGACAGCCUGGAAACAUUAGUAUGAUUUCCUGAGUUUGAGAUUCCUCCCCCCCCCACCACCACCACUACUCCAAACUCAGGAAAAGUCAAUACAAUCGCACUUCAUUUUUCCUUCAUGUGCACUUGGAAGUCCUGGGAGCAGCAAGAGCAGCGGCAGCAGCAGCAAGAAUGAACUGCAAGGAAGAAGAUGACAACUGCACUGAUGGGAGCAGCAAUAACCCCAAGAAGAUGUUAAAAUGCGUGGUGGUUGGGGAUGGCGCGGUUGGGAAAACCUGUUUGCUGAUGAGCUAUGCCAACGACGCCUUCCCAGAGGAGUACGUGCCCACCGUGUUUGACCACUACGCAGUAACUGUGACUGUGGGAGGACAGCAGCACUUGCUGGGACUUUAUGACACUGCAGGGCAGGAGGACUACAACCAGCUGAGACCCCUGUCCUACCCCAACACGGACGUGUUCUUGAUCUGCUUCUCGGUGGUGAACCCUGCCUCGUACCACAAUGUCCAGGAGGAGUGGGUCCCCGAGCUGAAAGUCUGCAUGCCCAAUGUGCCGUACGUCCUCAUAGGAACACAGAUUGAUCUUCGAGAUGAUCCCAAAACUUUGGCUCGGCUGCUUUACAUGAAGGAGAAACCACUCACCUACGAGCAUGGAGUGAAGCUGGCUAAGGAGAUUGGAGCACAAUGCUAUCUGGAGUGCUCAGCGCUCACGCAGAAAGGCCUUAAGACUGUCUUUGAUGAAGCAAUCCUGACCAUUUUCCAUCCCAAAAAGAAGAAGAAGCGUUGUGCAAAGUGCCACCGCUGCUGCACCAUUUUGUGAAGCCACUUGGAAAGGAAAGUGAGAUGAGUUCAGUGAAACCAAGCAGGUUAGAAAGGCAAUGAAAGUCACAUGCAACUGAAAUGGGGAACAUGACCAGAAAGGGGUCCAUUUUACCAAAAUAGGAGCCCUCCAUUCUGUGAAACCUCCAAGCUGUAUCACGCUAGGCCAUCUCAUGUCUAUGUGCUUUCCUAAACCUCCAGAGUCAUACGCAGCCUGUUCCCACUGCUGCGGACUGCGUUGAGCCAACAGAAACCAGGAUGCCUGCUCCUGCUCGACUCUUCUUCACCUUAGGGAUAAGGGGAAGGUGUUUGGAAAACAAGCAAACAAACAAACAUGGAAUUAAAGGUGGUAAAAAGAAACAGGAGAAACUCCAUUUGUGGCCUUAAGCAAGAAUUUAUCAAAAUUAGGAAUUUACAGUAUACAAGAAUUGAAUCUGAACUGACUGAAAGCACGUGGAGAUCUGUAGAAAUCUAAUAUGUAAGAUGUACACUUUAGGUAGGAUGUACUUUUAAAUUACUUUUCUUUUUAUAAAGCUCGCUAGGUCAGGAUAUACUUCAGUUUGUUCAAACUACAUGGAAGCAAAGGUGGAGUGAUUCAGUUUAUUUUCACUUAAUGGUGAAACGUCACAGCGUCCGUAUGUUGCUGUACCCAAGCUAUCAAAAUGGAUCAACAUUUACCUCCAGACUUAAGGAAUGUUCUUACAACUUAAAAAUGCAAGUAACUGUGUUUUUACAGGGGAAUGUUCAGGCUGAGCCAUGUUUCCAUAAGCUGGGAAAGGAAGAACAGAGUUGUAGCAUUUACGUACUGAAACAAAGACGUUCUGCCACCAAAGAGUAUUGCCCUAGACAUGAAAUCCCAGCAUGCAACAAUCGCCUUUCCAAAGUGAGCACAUGAAAGAGACAUGUUGCCAUGACAACUGACAGAUUACCUUAUAGAUCAGCUGGAUUUCUGCAUCUCACCCAGCAGACAAAAAUAGCAAAAACCAAAAAGCCAAAGGUCAGGCUGAUCUCAAGUGCUUUAAGGUGAUCCAAGUGCCUUAAGAUUUUUUUAGAGUAUCUCAUGUAAAAAAACUUACCAAAACAGAGUUAUAAACACGGUGAUUUACUGUAGUUCCCCCUCCUCUCAUUACUUCUUUCCUUGUUCCCACUUUCCGUUCUCCUUAUGGUAAGUGCUGGUCAAGUCGCAGUCCUCAGAAGUAGACUUUCCGGCAGGGUGCAGGGGUGCAGGUGAUGGGCUGCAGCCCACAGCACAGAGGUGGGAAGUCCAGACCUGGAGGGAGCAGUAGGUGCCUGUAAGCUCCCAGUGUUGUUUAAAAA